AUUUUUCAAAAUAAAUUAUUGGAACAAAAGUAGCUGAGGUAGAACAAUCUCAUUUACAAAACAGAACUUGAUUUCACAUUUUCCCUUAAAUAUGCUUAAAUCCCUGUGCACCCCCUCACAUUGCGGUAUAAUCUCUCAAGACUGGUCUUGUAGAACCCAUUCCCUAAAUCAAAUAAAUUAACAGUAGAUAUUAUCAUACAAAGGAAUUAAUCUGAGAAACAAUUUCAUUAGUAUGUUAAAUGAAAUAUAUUUAAUUUUGAAAGAGCACAUUUGAAGGAAAAGUACUCUGGGGGUACUCUGAAACCCAGAUUCACACCUUUUUUGUGCUCUGUUUUCAGGCAUUUAUUGGCCAAAACCAAACAUCACAAACUAGAACAUUGUAACCGGCAUUCAAAAAGUAUUCAAAAAAGGUCAGGACUUACUUGACAAGGUUAUAUGGCAUCAACACAGCAAUUUCCAUUUCAAUGUUAAAAUACUCUCCCGGGAAUAAAUUAGAGUACAGUCCACCCAUUAGUCAUAAAAAAACAAACAAAAGUACAAAAGAAGCCAAAUUUCUCCCUGGCUUUUAUCUGAAGUCAAAGCACUUCUAAAAUAAAUUUAUCCCACAAUGUCACCCAUUCUGUUUAUGCUUUAGGGAAGGACUAAACCAAACCUGCUUCUGCAGCACCUGGUUCUCUCUCUCUUAUAUACACAAAGAUGUACAUAACAAGCCAUGGACAUCAUCCACUUUGGUGGGCCCAGCAUAUCUGUCUUAGCCCAGGGGUGGAGUCAGCCUUUCCAAAUAGACCAGUGGUCAGAUAAACUGUUUUUACAUUUAUGUAAAGCUACAUUAACAGAAUCUUGUAAGUCUGAAAGCCCAGUUCUUCUGCCCUCUCUCUUAUGGCCUGAGAAACUAGUGAGGGUACCUUCUGAGCCUCUUCAGCCACAAACUUUCCAAUUACAGGCUAUGUUAUUUCUUAUCUGACUAUUCUCUAGGCAGCGCCUUUCACCCUGUCACCUAAGGUCUUUCCCACAAAUCAUUAUACCAUAGAUGGAUGCUGGACCUCUUUGCUGCCACCCUGAAAAUAUGCCACUCCGGGUGACCUUGGGGCUCCCGUUGGUUGAGGGGACUUGUAUUUGGCCUAUGCAAUCCCUGCUGCAUAGAAGCUACUGGGGUGCUGAUUCCCCCCAGAGACACAAUAUUAGACCUAUAAUCCUUCCAGAGGUCAUUGAUUGAAACAGUGGCUAUAGAAAUUGAAUAGAUAAACAUUCCCAACAUUCUUAAGGAGAAACCAAAGGACUUGGCACCUCUUCUCUUGGGGGCUCAGGGAUGCAAGAGGGGACUUCCCAACUCCCACCCCCAUAACAGGUGCAGGUAAUGAGCAAUCAGCUCUAUUAACAGCUGCAAACCUAGGUCAGAUGGAGAAGGAAGGCCUGCUUUUCUUCCACUUUUAUCUCCUUCAGCCACCUUGGAUCUAGCCUUAACUGUGACCUUUGAUCUUCCACCAAAGGACACAGUUGAAAUGUUGAUUUUGAAGUCCAGGAGCUACCAAGACAAAAGCCCCACAAACCUGUCAACAUUGGCAGCCCACGCUACUGUAUAUAAGCAGGAAGCAAAGCCCACAUUCACGAACACUGGUGGCAUUACCCAAUGAGGGAAUGAAAGGUCUGCCAGUAUAUAACCCAGCUCAAAGAAACACCAAGGACUUCCCCAGUUCGGCCCCGAGCUACAGAUAUUCUCUUCCAACAGACCCACCUCUCGUCCUCAAGGAGACCCGGGGCCUGGGCCAAAUACCGAAGAAAACAAACGUGCUGCGCGAAAAUUGCCAGGAGGUAAAUUAUUCAAACCAGGAAGGGAACGCAGCCAACCAAGGACCUGGACGGAGUAACUCUUCCCUUGCUACGGCUCCUCAGCCCAGCGCGCGGGCGGAAAAGGAAGCCAACGUCGGGGAUGGGGUCUGCGGCAGCGAAGGGAUGGCGGAACCGAGUUGAGGGAGCCGGCCUGGUCUUCCUCCCCCUCCACCCGCCCUUUGACUUCCCCUCCGCCCAGCCUGCACCUCCAGGGCGCAGCAGCGAAAGGGUUAAGCGAUCGAAAGGCUGCGGGCGAGGGAGGCGGCCGGCUGUCAGGAAGGAGCAUGUGCAGUUUGCCUUGCAACCGCAUCCACGCUAUGGGUUCUCUUCAUUGGCACAGUUGAUCUUCAGCCGCGGCGCAAGAGCGGCUACAAAAAAGAACAGCUGCCAGCUCGCAUCCAUCCAUGGAGCUGAGGCGGAUGAAGUGCUGCUGAACUGAUCCCAGCCGCGGCGCUGGGGUGAGCAGGCACCUGCGCCGGACGGCCCUCCUUUGCGUCCCGCUGCCCAGCGUCACCCGGGAAUUGUCUGUGGCCAGACAUGCCCAUGAAUGUGGAGGAAUCUAGGCAGAGUUCCUGCUGGGGACUGUGUGGAAGGAUGGCAGCUGCGGAACCUUUGACUGCUUUCUCCCGUUGGUACCUAUAUGCCAUUCAUGGCUACUUCUGCGAGGUGAUGUUCACAGCUGCUUGGGAGUUUGUGGUCAACUUCAACUGGAAGUUCCCAGGCGUCACCAGUGUAUGGGCACUCUUCAUCUAUGGGACAUCCAUCCUCAUUGUAGAAAAGAUGUAUCUGUACCUGAAGGAUAAGUGUAACAUACUAGUGCGCUGCCUGAUUUACACCCUAUGGACGUAUCUUUGGGAGUUCACAACUGGCUUCAUUCUGCACCAGUUUAAUGCCUGCCCAUGGGACUAUUCGCAGUUUGACUUGAACUUCAUGGGCCUCAUAACCCUGGAGUAUGCCAUCCCAUGGUUCUGUGCAGCAUUUAUCAUGGAACAGCUAGUCAUCAGGAACACCCUGCGUUUGCGUUUUGAUGAGAAUGCUGAACCAGGUGUACCCACAUCUGUUGCAACCUUGGCCAAUGGUCAUGUGAAAACUAACUGAAUUGUACUUUAGACUACACUAAGACUAAGCAAUCUCUCCCGCCCCUUCAUUACAGACUUGGGAUGAUGGCCUCAACAGCAAAACUCCUGUUUCCUUUAUGAUAAACAAACCUCCUUGGGUUGGAGGUGUGCAUGAAAAAGUGGAAUCAGUAGGUUUUCUAUGAAUUUUAUUCUCUUUCUCUUGGUUCCUUUUUUUAAAACAAAACUUCAAGUAUCAUUGUCAACCACCUGUUGACUAGAUAGUUUGACUUAUAACUUACUCAGAAAACAGUUCUGUGAUCAGUACUUUAUUAUAUCUGGGUUAGAAAAAACAAAAGGUUGGCUCAAACUGUUCAAAUAACAUUAGUAGAUAGGCACAGAUUUGCCCAGUUGACUUAGUGAUUGGCUUAUAUUCCAUUCAGGUGCUUGCUUGAAACCAAUACCUCCCAGGGGACCUGAGAUGCUGCA